GGAGCGCACACACAGCCAAACAACAAAAUAAACCCAGCCCAAUCGGUUCACGUGGAGCGUGUUGAGUUGAGCCAGUGACUGAUUUGUGCGCUUGUGGACGGAGUUGCUUCACUUCCCGGCAGCUCUUCAAACAUCCCCCGGAGAAAGCGCACAGAGACGGCGAUGACAGCCGAGUUUAUCCCGGCCCGCAGCUGCUGAGAGCCGCAUCUCCUGCUCCGCAUCCGACCGUUGCCCUCACCUCGCGGAGAGAUGCAGAGGAAAUACAGGAUGAAAUCUGCUUUAAUAACAGUGUUGCUUGGAGUGGUUGGGGCUUUGGCCAAUCAGGACAACUGUCCGUCAGGCCAACAUACGAAGAGCGGAGAGUGUUGCAAGCAGUGUCCGCCCGGCGAGGGCGUCAUCAAACCAUGUGGAGUCACGCAGGCCGUCUGUGCUCCAUGUCUCGACAGUGAAACCUUCUCAGAAAACUUCAGUCACACGGAGAAGUGCCAGCGGUGCACGCAAUGCACAGGCCUGCUCCGCAUGGAGACCCCCUGCACUGACUCCAACGAUGCCAUUUGUGUGUGCAACUAUGGCUACUACCUGAAUUACAUCUCGCAGCGCUGUGAACUUUGUACUAAAUGUCCUGAAGGCCAGGGCAUGCUGCUCAGCUGUGAGGCUGACCACGACACGCUCUGCGAGGAGUGCACGGGCGACACCUUCUCCGACCAGGAAAGCUCUCGGGAGCCCUGCAUGCCCUGCACCACCUGCGAUGACGACGAGGUGCAGCAGACCUGCACUCCUGUCAGUGACACCAUUUGUCAAGUUAACUACCUGUCACCCGUCACUGAGGAUUUCACUGGUUCUUGGAUUUCUCCUUUUGAGAACUUCACGGACCCCCCUGAAGGCCCGCUGGACAGCAGCACCACCACCACCAGCACCAACACUGGGGACUCCCAGGAGCGACUCUACAAGAGCCUGAACGAUAAACUCAUCCCCAUCUACUGCUCCAUCCUAGCGGCUGUCGUUGUUGGUCUUGUGGCCUUCAUCAUCUUCAAGAGGUGGAACAGCUGUAAGCAGAACAAGCAGGGAGCCAACAACUGCACAGCCAACCAGAACCAGACGCCGUCACCUGAAGGGGAGAAACUACACAGCGACAGCGGCAUUUCUGUGGACAGCCAGAGUCUGCAGGAGCAGCUAGCCCAGACUCAGGCACAAACAGUUGUCAAUAUGGAUGAAGAGCCUUGUUUCCUCCUUCCUCUCCACACCAGAGAGAAGGUGGAGGAACUGCUGUUCAGAGGCGACAAAGGAGAUGAUUGCACCCACUUGCACGACAGCGACUGGUACAACCUGGCGGGCCUUCUUGGAUAUGAGGAGGAGCGGAUCGACACUUUCCAGCAGGAAGAGCAUCCCGUCCGAGCGCUGCUGUCUGACUGGGCAAGCAAGGACUGUGCCAGCAUUGACGCACUGUGCACAGCGCUGCGUAAGAUCAACCGCGACGACAUCGUCCAGAGUCUGGUGCUCAGCCCAACUGCUGCCAAGCCAACUGCUACUUCUGUAGUGUAAAUUUUAAGAUUAACUGUGAGCAAAACACCCAAACCUUAAUCUUAAAAUAUUCCUAUGUGGCUUUCUUUACACCACAUCAUUCUGCAAGUGCUUGAUGCUAUCAGCUUACGAAGCUACUAGUCCAUGUAGUGAUGCUAUAAAUCACUUAAGUCCCUAAAUUCAUGGUUAUUCAAGGAGAGAAUGCAGGAAAUUAGAAAGAAACAUAAAAAAUAUCACUCAACAAAUGCAAUUUAAAAUGCUCAUAUUGAAAGAAAUGGGCUUUAAACUCUGUAGUAUUCUCUCCGGAAUCAUCUCUUCACUCUGGAUAUCUACUCACCUUUC